GACAGGAGAAAUAUCCGCAAUCGAGGCCAUGCUCCCAUGCUCAGCGCCCUUGACCCUUUAACUGCCAAUUUUUCCGCCUUUGACUUCAUUCCAAUAGGCGCAGUUAGAGCGUGUACAAGCAGACUUCAGGCGCAUCUAAAAUGCUUCCAUAGAUGAUUCACUGCGUCUACCAGAAAUGGACACGCCAUGGAGAAGUUUACGAGUUUUUCUCUACGGCUCGGGGCCAGACGCGCUCGUCCUCGCAACAACCCUUGCGCGCGACGGCUUCCGAUGCUGCGUUGUGGAGCCCACAAGCCAAGUUGGCGGGUCAUGGCUUGGGUCCGCAAGAGCUGGUCCGCCGCUGCAGGCGGAUGGCAGCCCGCCGCUCCUGCUGCUGGGAUUCCCAAUGCACCCCCAUGCCGCCGUCGCGACGCCGUCAGGCGAUCCGCAUGGGUGCGCCGCGGCCGAGCUGCCGCGUGAGGAGGUGUUUGGGCACCUACAGCGGUACGCCGCACGUACCGGGCUGCUGCCGUGCGUACGGCUGCACACGCGUCUGGUGCGCGCCCGCUACACGCGCAUGAACAGCGAGUGGCGGCUGGGGCUGCGGGACGAGGUCACGGGCAGGAGCUGGCAGUGCUCGGCGGAUGUGCUGGUGCUGUGCCGCAGCUCGGUGGCGGCGCCGCGUCCGCCGCCGCCACUGCCGGGCCAGCACCAGUUCGAGGGGCGGGUCGUGGAGGUGGAGGCGUCGUCGGAUGCGGCCGCGGUGAGGCAAUUGGACUCACGGCUCGACGGCAAGCAUGUCGUGAUUCUCGUCCACCCCAUGGGCGCCGCAAAUGGCCAUCACCGGCGGUCAACUGCUGCCGGCGCCGGCACAGCAGCCGUGGCCACAGGCAAGGGAAGCUGCGGACUGCAGUCGCCUACUAGUGAACCGCGGGUGAUGACGAUUCCUCCGCAUCUGCCGGUGUCGCCAACGACGGAGGCCGCCAGGCGCCUGUGCCUUGCGGCUGUGAAGCACGUGGGCGCGGGCGGCAGUGUGACACUGGUACUUGAAGAGGAGCGGGUCUCUGUGGGCACCACGUGCACCAGUGCCACCAGCGAACUGGCGGCGGCCUGGGCCGGCAGCGCCCCUGCCAAGCCAGGCAGGGGCCCUACAGGGAGUGAUACAAAGCAGCUGCAGGAGCAGCAGGAGCAGCGGGAGCAGCAGGAGCAGAAGCAGAUGCGGCCACCUGCUACCGGACCUGCCGGCAUUCCCGGCAAAGCCCUGUUCAGCAGCUGCUUUGGUGGUGCGUGCUUUGGGGGCGACCGUGUUGUCGAGUCGGCGCAGCCGCCCGCACCUGCGACACCGGUUGUGGGUGGCCACAACGCAAGCCAGCCUGUGGCCGGUAAGGCAGCCGCUGCCGUCAGGGUGGCAGCAGCAGCUGGCGAAAUGGCAGAGGCAGCCAUGGGUGCUGGCGCUGUCAUGGACGGCGACUGCGGGGACGGGGAGGUUGCGGAGAAGGUCAAGGAGCCUCGCGCGAGCACCUGCACCUCGGGCUCCUCCGCCGCGCCCCAGGAAUGGGUGGCGGAGCUGGAGGUCGCAGGCGCACAGCUGGUGCUCGGAUACCCGGCGGCACUGCAGAGCGGCUGCCUGGCCCUGGCUGACGGGUCCGAGCUCCCGGCGGACGUGCUCUUCGUCGUCUACACCAACAGCGCCGCAGCGUCACAGCCGCCGCCCCGGCCCUCGCAGCCUACCUGUACAGCCUUACCAACCCCGCAGAGGGCGGGUGCGACACUCGAGGAGACGAUGCACAUCGAUCUCCGGUUCCUGGAGAGCGGCGGCACCGGCGGCGGCACCAGCGGCGGCACCGGCGGCGGCACCGGCGGCGGCACCGGCGGCGGCGCAGCGCGGCAGCGCGGCGGCCCCACGCCCGCCGCGCCGGGCAACGGCGUCGCUGCCACCAGCACCUUGGGCGGCCUGCCUUCCGCUGCCUCGCUGUCCUCCUUCCGCAAGCUGCACUCCCACCUCAGCCUGUACAGCCUGGCGGCUGGGGCCGACUCAUUCGACUCGCGUGUGGAGCCCCCGGAGCGGUCCGUGCGGAAUGGGGCCGCAGCUGCUGGUGGUGGCGGCGGUGGUGGCGACGUGAUAGGCGACUUGUACCGCGGCCUGGUGUGCACAAGUGAGGCGGCGCCCAACCUAGUGUUGUUUGGGGAGGUCCGGCCCCGGGACCACUGCGCAGUGACGGCCGCGCUGCAGGCGGGCUGGCUGGCAGCGUCCCUGAGCGCCGUGGCCGAUGCCGCCGCGGGCGCGGCGGCAGGCGCAGGCGCCGACAGCGAUGCAGGCCGCUGCGGUGACGGCGCCAGCCGGCGGCACAGCCGCAUGACACCCGCUGUCAACAGCACCGCAGCUGCGCCGCAUUUCCACAUCAAGCAGCCCGGCCCAGCGGAAGCGGCGUCGGACGCUGCGAAGCGUGCGGCGUUGGGGCUGCACACGCCACUGCUAGGACGGCCGCACGGUACGACCGAGCAGCUGGCCUCGUACCAGCGGCUGCUCCUGCGAGACAUGGGCCUCCGGGCGAAGCCGGCGGCGGCGCCCGGUGGCACGCUCAACACGCUCAAGCAGACGCUGUUGAAGCUUGUGCCGAGCGGAAAGGUCGCUGUGGCCGGCGACCGCCAGCCGCUGGCGCCACGCCAGGCGGCGCGGCUGUUGCGCGUGCGGCCACCGCCGCACAUGACACGUGACGAGUUCCUAGAUGCUGUGGAGCAGCACGAGGCCAUGCAGCAGCAGCAUCUGCACCAGCAGAUGCAGGGCGCAGCGGCGGGCGCGGCGGUGUGGGGCGCGGCCUCGGCGGCGGCUGUCGCCAUCUUGGCGGGCGGGGUUCCGGACGGCGACCGGGGGAGUCUGGCGUCGCGCGGCGUCAGCGGCGGGCUGUUGCAUCACGACCGCGACUCGCGAGCGACGUCUGGUCGGGGGACGCCCACCACCGUGUGCAGCACACGGCUGUCGCUUGUUGCUGAUGUGGAUGCUGCGGACUUCGAGGCUUCCGCCUUCGCCGCCGCUGCCGCUCACCUCGGGACGCUGAUGGCAGCAGGCGGCUCGCCACUGCGGCCCCCCACGAGCGUUCGCUCCCCGAGCGGCGGCUUAGGCCCAGGCCCAGGCCCAGGCGCGGGACUGCGCUCCGUCUCCGCAUCUGUACCUGGGUUUGGCAGCCGCGCCAGUCUGCAGCUCAGCCGCAGGUCGUCCCUGUGCCGCUCCCCGCUCGCACCCGCGCAGCAGCAGCUGUCGCCCCCAGGUACGGGUGCAGCGUCGCCUUGCUGGGAGAGCCCAAGCCGCCUCCCGCGUCAGCAGCACCAACAACAGCAGCAACAGCAGCAACAGCCGCAGCUGGCGCUGCUGCGGCAGGCCAGCAAUUCGGCGCACACCGGCGGCACGGGCUCGCCGCCCCUCGGCGCCGCCUCGCCCAGCGGCAGCACGCGGCACCACAGCAUCAGCGGCCGACUGUCCCACUCCAUGCUACAGCAGGCACUAGCAGGAGGAGGGGUCGGCGGCGGGCCGGCGUCUCUGUGCUCGGCCUCUCCAGCGGUGCAGCGGCAGCGUUCGCAGCGCACCAGCGCCUCGGGCCUGCUGCUGCUGGAGGCCGCUGCAGGCCGCAGCUCAGCAGCCGCGGCCGCGGCGGCCAUCCUGCGGCGCGAGCGCAGCCGCAGUAAUGCAGGCAAUGGCUCACCGGUGUCAGCUGCAUACACGACGGCGGCGGGCGCGGAGCGCGGCAGUGGUGGAGGCAUUCCGGCUGGCCGCGGGCCCAGCGGCAGUGGCAGCCUGCUAAUGGCUGCAGCGUACGGCGCGGCAGGCAGCCGCAACAACAGCAGCCGCCACCUGCGCCGCGGAGCCAGCGGAACAGGCAGCGGUGGGGGCGGAGGGGGGGCCGGAGGCGGCGGUGGAGUUAGUGGUGGGGGCGCCGACGGCCUGGUGGUAUCUACAUCGGCUGCAGGCCUCUCAAUCUCGUUAGUUGAGGCGGGCGAUGUGUUUGUGGAGGUUGGGGGAGCCGAGGAGCUGAUUGCCGGCCUGCCGGUCGGCGCAGCCGGCGCUGGAAGGGCGGCGACAGGCCGCAUCGUUACCCCGGACGCGCAGCAACAUGGGCAGCCGCCCUGGGAUUGGGAGGCGCGGCCGGUGCCGCUCCAGUCGCCCGGUUCCAGCUCGGCGCCGAUGGGUGGACUGGGUGCCGGCGGCCGCAGCCCAGCCGCCGACCUCUUCUCCAUUACCGAGCACCGACACGAGGAGACCGGUGGCGAGGCCCCCGUCAGCCAGAGCUACAGCCAAGGCAUCAGCCACAACAGCGGCCGUCAUAUGGCUGUAGCAAGCGUAGCGGUGGCGGCGGCGGCUGCGGCGGCGGCUGCAGCUGACGCGGGCAUGGAGGCGGGUGAUGCGCCGGCCCGCAUCAUCGCCUGCUUGCCUGCGCCUCCUCCUGCCAGCCUUUACGAGAGGCGCUCCGAUGUGUCCGGCGGCGUGUCCUCAUACUGGUCGCCAGGACGGCGGGCACCCCUGUCGUCUGCUCCCGGCACGGCUCCUACAGGUGCAGGCAGCCGGCGCGCAUCCGAUCUCCAACUCACGCUGUCGUCGCCGCCGUUGCAGCCGCUGCACCGGGAUGGCCACAUCAGCCCCUCAGCCGGAGUGACCCGCUCGCCCACGGGUCAGUCGCCCACGGGGCAUUGCGGCCGAGGGAUGGGGCCUCAGGGGUACAGUGUGACGUCCCUGCCGUCCACAGGGCCCCUGCCCAGUGGAGGCCUGCCGAGCGCCUCAUUCACGCGACCCCCCAGCCGACUGUCAAUUGCGGGUGUGUCGGGUGUGCUGCACCCGUUCCCCGCAGUUGGCUCGCCGCCGGCGCAGCUCACGCUUCACAUGCCAGCGACCUCACCAGCAGGAAGUAUGCAGCAACAGCAACAGCGGCGGCGCACCACCAUAGGUGCAAUCGGCCUCGGCACCGCGUUUGCUGCCAGCGCCGGUGCGGUGGCAGCCGCGGUGGCGACAGGGGCAGGGCCCACCCGGCAAGCGGGUGUGCGGCAAAGCGAGCAGGGUUGUGCGGCGGCGGCUGCAUGUGUAUACGAGGCCCGAAGCGACGGUGGAGGCGCUGCCGCAACCUGCGACAGCGCGGCGUCAUUGCCGCUGCAGCGGCAGGUGGACCAAGCAGCAGCAGCAGCGCUGGCUGCUGGCACACGGCCCAGCUUAUCGGCGGCGCUGAACGCAUUCCUGCGGCCACCGUGAUCCAGCUAGCGCCGGACACGCCAGCGGGCCGCAGGGCACGCCGAUGGCCCCCGCGCGCCGCCCUUCGAGGCCCCGACGCCGGACUUAGCCGCGGCAGAAUGUGAUGCUGUAUGCGGCAGGUUGGUGCUGGCAGCGGCCGCGGGAGACGGUGCGGCAGCCGCAACCAUGUCGAGCAGUAGCGCACUGGCGUCAGUGGCAUGGCAACUUUGAGGCAGCUGGGCGCGCCAUCCGCAGCUGCUGGGCCCGCCGGGCCGGCGGAGCUUGCCUGGGCGGCUGUGGCUGCCGCGGCAGUUGCGGCUGCAGGCCAUGCACGGCACGGCGGUUGGGGCGAGUCCUCGCCACGGUGCUGCCAGCUGGUGUCUGACUGCAACGCAGAGGCGGUUGAGAGCGAGGCCGGUAUUAGCGUGGGCCCGAGCAGCCGUGCUCCUACUUACUCUUAAGCACUUGCCGCAACGGGGUUUGGGCUCGGAGCCCAUCAUCGAGGCACGGUUGCUGAGCCGUUAGCUGGGAUAAGUCGGACGCAUCAGACAUAAGCGGUACGGGACAUCCCAUACAGGCAGGCACCGGCAAGCAGGCUUCGCGCGCUGAAGUAUGAUGUUAGCAGGGGAAGCCAAGCCCCAGUCCAAGAAGGGAUGUCUUUGACGCGUUGCUACAGGGCACUUCUGCAGUGCCGGCGGACAUGCAUGUUUGGUAUAGUGAAUUGCGUAUGCUUGUACAUAUGGAAAUGGCAGGAAGGCUUGUGAACACGGUAUGGUAAGUCUAGAAUGCUCGGAUGUGGAUGCAAUCAACAUCCGGUGCCUGACGUGAAUGUAUGAUACCUUGCGGCAAUUCUUGUGACGUCCAUUGAGGGUCUGAUACUCGCGCAUCAGGUUCGCCCGUGCAUACCGUUUCCUGGACCAGGGGGCCUUCAACACAAUUGACUGAGGUACUGAGCGCUGGGCGGUGCUGGAGCAAGCCCCCGCUGGAAGAGAGCUGCAAGUGCUCGUGUGGGUUGCCAGUGAGCGAUGGGAUGUAUAUAACCGGGUGCUGUGAAAUUCUACUGUUUGCGCCAGGCACUGUGAAUGGUCAUGUCUGAGACCAAGAGUGUCGAGCACAUGAAAGCUGUGUGUUACAGGUUGCCGGACUUCUUUAACCUUCCUUACAACUGCAAGAGCUCAGAAGUUGAUGCUGGCGGGUUGCUGCCCAUCUGCUGCUCGGCAGGACGUCAGGAGACCGUGACAGCAGAGGAGUAGCUGCUUCAGACAGGCAGCUGCUUCAGACGUAUGGAUGCGCGGCACGUACAAACUACGAUUAAUGCACGAGAUGCGGCCGGGAUGAUACGUUCCUCAUUUUGCAUGGUGGCACGGUGGCUGUCACCUUCCGACCACACUACCACAUACCGGUAGCUAGAUAUUUAUGUGAAUUGUGGACCUUUGACAACCAACAUGUGCAUGUGCCGUCAUAAUGACGACAAGCCUGCAGCAUCCACACGGCAUUAUCCGGAACGUUGGGUAUUGACUCCUAUGUCCUUGUCUGCAAGUCUCAAAGGUCCGGUUGAAAGACCUUCAGAUAGACGUCCCGUUUCCUUGCACUGCAUGCACUCCUGUAAAACCUCAUGG